CGAUUGGUCCGUCUGCUUCCAGUCCUCCAGCGGCUCACAUCCACGUGAAGGUCAGCAGCAUUUGUGGCGCAAGGCGCUGUUCGGCGGUGGAUUUCUUCGAACGAACGAAGACUUUUAUUCGACGAUGGACGGAAAGGCGGCAAGCGCGGACCCUCAGCUUCAGCAGUUCAUCGAGAUUGAGUCUCAAAAGCAAAAGUUUCAGCAGCUGGUGCACCAAAUGACGGAAGUGUGCUGGGAGAAGUGCAUGGACAAACCAGGGCCCAAGCUGGAUUCCAGGACAGACACAUGCUUCGUCAACUGCGUGGAGAGAUUCAUCGACACCAGCCAGUUUAUACUGAACAGACUGGAACAGACUCAAAGGAGUCGAGGGUCUUUCUCGGACAGCAUGGCGGACUAAGGUGUACGCUUAGGGACAUGUUCUAACAUGAUAUGUAAACUAAAACAGCAGUGUUUUGUUUCAAGUGCCUCACAUCAACAGCAUGUUUGUUUUCCCCAUAAACUUACAAGACUGCUCUGUCGCUAGCAUUUCUUUUUAAUCGUGUCAACAUGGACAUCAGUUCAGCGGCCACAGGCUGUCAACUGAUUUUGCAAGCGGAAAACAUUUUAGGAGGCAAAGCAAACAUCCAAGACGUGCCUGUCAGCCACAAACACUGCAGGUCAGGUUUAUAUUAAGACGACACCUUGACUGAGGAUGGUGGUGUGCUUAACUGUUAAACGUUUGAUUGUACAUAUUGUAUGAAAUAAAGUUACCAAUGAUUCA